GCGCGCUAGUUAUCGAAAUACUGGGAGAGCCGUUGGGACUGCCUGCCUGUCCGUAGCAGCUCCAGCCAAGAUAAGAGGAGCAUGUUCACGCUUGAGUGGGAAGAUACGGUGCCGUUCAAACGGUUCUAACAUACUUAGACUGAAAAGCUCAUCUGUAGCAACGCAUUGCACCGCUUUUAUACGUGUAUAAAUGGAUGGACAUCGAAAUAUUGCAUUCAAAAUUCACUUGUCAACCGGUGACACAAAUUACUGGAAAUAAUGGGGAACACGACACCUAAACCUCUGAUAGCAGAUGGGACUCUGCAGCCCCGCCCGGUGGUGAGCAGGCAGUACUACACCCUUCCUAAUGGAGGUGCAGGUGUGGAGAGACGAACGUCGGCCCCCCCGGCCAGCCUCAGCCUGGAGUCGCCCCGCUUCCAUCCCCACGCCAAGGGCAAGAACAUCCGCCUGGAUGGCCAGUUGCGACGCGCCACGCGUAAAAACAGCUUCUGUAAUGGCAUCACAUUCAGCCAGAGACCUGUUCGCCUCUACGAGAAGGUGCGUCUGCGUCUGUCUGGCGUCCACACGGGCUGGAGCGGAGCGCUGCGCUUCGGCUUCACCAGUCUGGACCCUGGCGAGCUGGCCUCGGCAGACAUCCCCAAGUACGCGUGUCCGGACCUGGUGACGCGACCGGGCUACUGGGCCAAGGCCCUGCCUGAGAGGCUGGCUCUCAGGGACAACGUGCUAGCCUUCUGGGUGGACCGCCACGGACGGGUCUUCUACAGCAUCAACGAGGGCGAGCCAAUCCUGUUCCACUGUGGCCUCAGUAUCGGCUGCCCCCUCUGGACCAUCAUCGACAUCUACGGCAUCACCCAGGAGGUCACGCUGCUAGAGAGCACGUUUGCGGAGAGUGUGGGCUCCAGCUGCCUCAGCGCGGCACGUCUGAGUGCCUACCUGCCCCAGAGCAGCCACGACUCAGCCAACUACAGCAACAACCAGCUGGAGAACAACCAGGCCGCCGCCGCCGCCAAGAUGGCCGCCACCCUCCAACUCAACAACUGCAGCCAGCUUAUCCCUUGCUGUUCCACUACCUCCACCUCCUCCUCCACUCCCACCACCUCCUCCUCCGCCUUCUCUGCCCCCAGGGUGGUCCGGGGCCUGCCCUCCCCUCUGGACAACGACCUGCACUUUCACCCUGUCCGUGGGCCUGACGUCAUCCUUUCCGCCGACCGAUCGGCCGCCUGCAUCCACUUUCUGGACAGCAGCAGGACCCUGGUGUUCAGCGACCGGCCGCUGCAUGUGGGUGAGACUCUGUACGUGGAGGUGGGCCACCUGGGCCUGCCCUACUUUGGCGCGCUGCUUUUUGGGGUUACCUCCUGUGACCCAGGGAGCCUGCACGCUGGGGAGCUGCCGGCCGACCCAGAGGUCCUACUGGACCGUAAGGAGUACUGGGUGGUGUACCGGGGUUUCCCCAUGCCCUGCUCCGGGGACGUGCUGAGCUUCAGCCUGCUGCCCAGUGGAGAGGUGCACCACGGGGUGAACGGAGCAGCCCGCGGCAGGCUGCUGUGUGUGGACUCCUCCCAGGUCCUCUGGGCCUUCUUCACCCUACAUGGAGCUGUCAACAGACUCAGGAUACUGGGCACUAUGCAGUCCAGCCCCGCCUCCUUGUCCCCCGGCAGCUCCCAGAGCAGCAGCACAGAUGACAGUGACUCUGACCUGGCCUUCAGCGUCAACCGAUCGUCCUCUGCCUCCGAGUCCUCCCUGGUGACAGCCCCCAGCUCCCCCCUCAGUCCCCCGGUCUCUCCCACGCUCUCCGCUCCAGAGCUGCCUCCUGCUGGUAAGAACGGGGAGUGCACCGUGUGUUUCGACCAGGAGGUGGACACGGUCAUCUACACCUGCGGACACAUGUGUCUGUGUAACGACUGCGGGCUGAAGCUGAAGAGACAGAUCAACGCCUGCUGCCCCAUCUGCCGGAGGCCCAUCAAGGACGUUAUCAAGACGUAUCGACCCUGAUUGGAGCGGCAUGCUCAGGGCCGGCCAGGGCCCAGGUGCUCGGUGUCUGCACUCGAAGGGCACAGGGUCUCUGGAAUUGGAGGGACUCAAUCCUAGCCCCGAUGAGAUCCUACCUGCCUGGCACUGAGCUUCCACCACCCUCAGCAAGCCCAGGACUCUGGCUGCUUGUGUCCAAUUCCCUGAGACUACCCUUCUCAGACUAUGUAGUGCUAAAGCGGUGUCUCCGUCUAGUUCAGUUUCUAUUUACAGCUAAGGCAAGGGCUGUUGUGGGGACAUGCCUCAAUCAGCCCAAUGUUUGUCUGUCCCUUCCCUACAUCUCCAUCACAUGCUCCAGUUGCCCUAGGUCCUUGUGGAUGAACAGUUCGAGGGGCUCUUCUGUGAAUACUCAUCUCAUCCCAGAUCUAUUCAUCCUAACCACUUGGACUGCUGUAUAUCCAUUUAGGACCCUUUCCAAAAGGAUCAUUCUAGUGCCUUACACAAUGUUUGUCAAAUGUCUAUAUGUCCUAAGAAGUAACUAAGAUGACAAUCCUUUUUGUUAUAUUUGUAAAAUACAUUGCUGAGUUUUGUGAAAAUCACAUUUGUAGAAAUGAUCAGAGCUUAUACUGAAGUUAUUGUAUGUUUCCCAAAUGGCCA